CUAUAAAAAAUAAAAUAUAUAUAAACCAUUAAUUAAAAUUAACUCAUCAAAAGAAACACAAAAUUUUUGUAAAGUAAACAUAGAUUAGAUACUCUACUAAUACAGUAUAAGAAACGGAUCUUAUUAGUUCUAAAACAUUUUUUAAAUAUCAACAAUACAGUUUUCAGUUCUUUAACAUUAACAUUGUAACAUAAUAAUUUAACAAUAUAUUGGUGUUAUAAAGACGUUGUAAAGUUUUUUAAAAAAGAUGUAUCUUAUUUAAAACAAAUUGGACCUUUAACUUUAUUAGAACUUACUAUAAUUAAUGUUAUACAUAUUGUUAUAUGACGUAUUAUUAUAUAAACUAUUUAAUUGUGUCCCCAUAUGGAUAUAUUAUAUGUGAUUAUUACUUUAUAUAUAACGUUAGAGGUAUUCAGCAUAGUUUCACCUUCCUUAUUCAUUAUGACGUAUAUAUUACGAACUUACAUCUCUUGUAACGUAAAUCGAUGGUAUUGCGUGAGAAAACUGCAGAUGCAAUGCGUGACAUUAUAAUCGACUGGUUACCCAUGUACUGGGUAACCAGACCUCAUUUUUUGUCAGCAUUAUUUCUGACAAGACCGCGAAGAAACUAUUACAGAAGCAGUUGGAAUAUUUAAUGUACUUUGCCUCGCGCUUUUAAGAAGUUUGUGCAUGCGCUAUGAAUGCUUUUCGUUGAAUGCGAGGUGAUGUCAGUUCAUGCAGAAAGAAUAACCGUCAGUCUCUUACCAGCAUUCAACAUGGGUAAUUCAAAAUAUUCGGAACAGAAAGGAAGACUUUGAAUGGGCAACAAAAUUGCAUCGUAUUAGUUUGGAAUUGAUUGGAUUGUGGCCUAAUUCAGAACUAAAUUUCCGAAAAAAAUUAAUAUGCAAUUUACGCGUGCUCUUAGCCUUUCUAAUGAUAACAAUCGGUAUAUUGGUGCCUUCAAUACAUUCGUUGAUAAUAAUACGGUCGAAUAUCGAACUAGCGAUAGAUAAUUUGCAAUGUAGCCUGCCGGUUCUCACUGUUGUUAUAAGAAUUGUACUAUUUUGGUGGAAAAAGGAAGCACUUGUACCGAUUAUCAAUAUGAUUAUGGAAGAUUGGUUAAAACGAAAAAGUGUUUACGAAAGGAAUACGAUGAUUACUUGGGCAUUUCGUGCACGUAUAAUUAUCACAUGCGCAUAUAUCUCAUUAGGAGUUGCAUAUAUAAUUCUUAUUGGUGUGCCAAUUUUUGGGAAGUCCAUGAGAUUGACAUCGAAUAUUACCGAUCCAGGCAGACCAAUGCCUCUUCAAACUUAUUACAUUUAUGACAUAACGAAAAGACCACAAUUUGAGCUAACGUUUCUUAGUCAAAUUAUCUCUUGCAUCUUUGCUCUUAUUCCUUAUACAGCAAUUGACAAUUUUCUUGGCCUACUAACGUUUCAUAUCUGCGGUCAACUAAUUAUCUUAAAGAAUCGUUUGAUACAUAUAAAUGAGCAAAAAAACUUUCAUGAAGAAUUAAAAGACUGCAUAAUAUGUCAUAUUCGACUGCUCAGAGCUAUCGACACCGUAGAAGAUGUGUACAAUAUCAUACUUCUGGUAUUGUUCCUAUAUUUUGGUACACUAUUUGCAUUCUAUGGAUUCCUAAUAAUUAGUCUUUUUCAAGACAAAGAACAUGAGGUAUCGUUUGCUCGUAUGUCGUUUCUUGCCGUCAUUAUUACAUCUUUAUUUGCACAUAUGUGUCUUUACUGCGCUGUCGGUGAGAUGCUAAUGGCUCAAUGCAAUGAAAUUCAUUUUGCGGUGUAUAAUCACGAAUGGUAUUUCUUGGAUGCGAAAGAAGCGAGAAAGUUAAUCCCGUUUAUGAUGAGAGCCGGCCAACCCAUUUACUACACUGCUGCUAAUAAAAACAUCGGCCGGUUACAUAUCCGUUUUAUUUACGGGAAAUUAACCAAUGAUUGCAAAAUGCAAGUUCUCCAUUACUAUUCGCAUUAUUUUGGGAUUGCUAGGAGAUAUUGGGCUGUAACAACAGUUCAUAGUAUUAUUGUAAUUCAAAGAUAUAAUUAUUAUAUAUAUGUACAUGCAUAAAAAUUUAUACAACUACGUAUGCGCUGUUUUAUUUUAUUAAGAUUUGCCAUCUGUGUGGUAGCUUUAUGAUUCGAUCUUUCCAGACCUUGUUAUCUUUUUUUUUUAUUAAAAAGAAUUAUAACAAUGCUAUGGAUUUCUGUUACAAUCCAUGAAAAAUACAUGUACAUUAAUGUAUUGUUUUUAAUUAAAAGCAAUUUCUCGUAAAAGUUUUAUUAUUUUCAUGAAAUACGUAAAAUUUAUACGUAUAAAAUAUAUACGUAAACUUGUGGCAGUAUAAUUAAUUAUGUGAUAAUUCUUUUAUGUCGUUAUUUAUUCUUGAACAUAUUUAAGAGUAAGUACUCACCGCACAUAUUAUUUAAGACAUCUAGUCUUACAGCGUAUGGUUUCUAAAAAAGCAGAAAAAUAAAACUAAUUAUUAAAAUAUGUUACUUUGACAAAAUAAUUUUAUAUAAGUACAAAAAAUUGAAAUGUAUUUUCUGUACUAGAAAACUGUACUUGAAAUGUAUUUUCUGUAUAGAGAGAAAAAAUGAUAAAACCAU